UGUUCAUUUAAAGUAUAUAAGCGUGUUUGAAGUCGGUGCUUGUUUGUAACAAUAACAUUGUGUUUUGUAUGUUACAGUUAAAGCGAAAUCCGGGAGGAGAAUAAACGAAAGAAUUGCAAUGGUGAAAAAAAGUAAAUCUAAUAGCAAAGAAGUUAAAUCCCAAGAAGUUAAAAAUGAAGAAGAAACUGAUUCAACAUGCGUCGAACCAAGCUUGUCGUCGAUGAAAACGCAAAAUGUGGACGUUCAAAAUGCACAUAAAAUUGAUAUUUUACAUGUCGAUCAAAAACCGUACUCGUGCAACGUUUGUGAUAAGAGUUUUACUCAUUUAAGUGCUUUGAAUAGACAUUCUGCAAUACAUACUGGUGUAAAACCGUAUACGUGUAAUGUUUGUGGUAAAAGUUUCUGUCAUUCAUUUAACUUGAAAACACACAGUAGAAUACAUACCGGUGAAAAGCCGUAUGCGUGUAAUAUAUGUGGUGAAAGAUUCGGUCAAUCUCGUGAUCUGAAAAUACAUAACAAUAUACAUACAGAUGAAAUGCCUUAUUCGUGUAGUGACUGUGGUAAGAGUUUUAUUCAUUUAAGUGGUUUGAAAAGGCAUUCUACAAUGCAUACUGGUGAAAAACCGUAUACGUGUAAUGUUUGUGGUAAAAGUUUCUGUCAAUCAUUUAAUUUGAAAAUACACAGCAGAAAACAUACUGGUGAAAAGCCGUAUCCUUGUAAUAUAUGUGGUGAGAGAUUCGGUCUAUCUCGUGAUCUGAAAAUACAUAAAAAUAUACAUACAGAUGAAAAGCCCUAUUCGUGUAAAGUGUGUGGUAAGAGUUUUAAUGAAUCUUAUGCUUUAAAAUUACAUAACAGAAUACAUACUGGCGAAAAGCCGUAUUCAUGUAACAUUUGUGAUAAGAGUUUCUAUAAAUCUGGUGAUUUGCAGGCACAUGAAAGAAUGCAUACCGGUGAAAAGCCGUAUUCAUGUUUAGUUUGUGGUAAGAGGUUUAGUCGAUCUAAUCAUUUGAAAAUGCAUAUUAGAAUACAUACUGGCGAUAAGCCGCAUUCAUGUAAUAUUUGUGAUAAAAGUUUCUACAAAUCUAGUGAUUUAAAGGUACACAAUAGAACACAUACCGGUGAAAAGCCGUAUGCGUGUUUUGUGUGUGGUAAUAGUUUUAAUCAUGCUAGUACAUUGAAGUCACAUAAUAGAAUACAUACCGGCGAAAAGCCCUAUUCGUGUAAUACUUGUGGUAAGACAUUCAGUAGAUCUCAUGAUUUCAAAAUGCAUAGUAAAAUACAUACUGACCAACCAGAGCAGGGCACGUAGC